AUGUCCAUACCGGUCCAAGCAGCAACAUCCAUGUUUGCACCACAACCCGUCCGUGCCAACAACAAACCUCCUUUUCUAGAAUAUCAAAAACGCGGUCGACGUUCGAGCUCUUUAGACAAAAACGCAUAUUUUGAAUUCUUCAAACGCAACAAUACGCCCAAUGUCAUUAGCGACUUUUUAUUAGGCUGGUCCUCUGCUGCAUCCGUACCACAUGAAGAAGACGAAAAUAACGUAAACUGGGAUAACGAUAAUGAUCAAAAUGAUCAAAAUAGAGAUAACGACGACAACAGCGAAGGAUAUCAGGACGAACAAGAACCAAGUCCAAGCGUGCUUGAUCGGCCAGCACAUCCGUUACCACCUGAUGCAACACCACAAAAAGAGCAACAGCAGCAGCAGAUUGAAAAACGACGACGAUCGUCUGGAUCAACCAUGGAUGAAGCGCAAGACCAGGCCAUGCGACAAUUACGGCGGCAAAGAGGCGACAGCGUUCAGAUCGGUAUCCAUAUCAACGAUCUCCUAGACAAUGACGACGUCAAGCAGGCCGUCAAUGCAUUGCAAGAGGCGGUUCAAGCUAUGAACAUGACGGAUUUGGAAUCGGGUCACGACAAUAACCAAGUGGUGCAUACAUACUCAACCAUGCUGCAGACAUUGUGUGAACAAAACAUGGCGCGCGUCAUCAAUCAAAUCUCGGGUGUGGACUUGAAAACAAAUCCGGAUAUGAUCUAUGGAUGUAUCAUGUGGCGAAUGUUUACCAAAGUCAUCGAGGCUGGAUAUACACUGCAGUACGACGCAUACAUGGCCGUUACCCAGUUCUUGAUGGAUAAUAACCAGAACGUGUUGGCAUUACAAGCGCUGUAUUCCAUGCCGCGAGGAUUAUGGGAUAUUCAAGCGUACAAACUGGCCAUAUCGCUCCAUCUUAUCCAAAAGCCACAACAAGUCCAACAGGCUGAAUGGCUUUUAUCUGAGUUCGGCAAACCUUAUCUCCAAGUAGCCAAUCCACUCGCACCGACGCUCCUGCCGCCGCUGAAGAUUGAGACGCCUCUGAUGAAAGAUGUGACCGAACAAGACCGAUACAAGCUGUGGAUGUUUUACCAGUCAGCGCUGAGCGGGACCGAAUGGGCUAAAGAAAAAGAAACGUAUGAAGAGCAGCGCCGCAAUAGCAACAGCAAGAUGCGUAACAUAAACAGCAGUCUGUGGAAAGACUGGGCAUUGCGACGGAUGAGCAUCGAGACGGAAGAAGAGCGGAUCAGACACAAUAAGAUUGACAAUGACAAUGCCAUGAUAUACACUGCCUCGUCGCAAAAGCAGUUUGAAUACGGAUGGGGGAUAUACGUGCGCAUGGGCGAGACAGUCGACGAAUUCACGCCUCGAGUUGUUAUGCAUUUAUGCUGGCGCGCCUUUAGUGACACGCCCCUGAUGAGUCACGUGUCGCUGCGGAGCCAGUGGGAGAGCCGUGCGUGGGAGGUGUAUGCCAGGUUCAUGUGUUCCGAACACUUGCAUCCGGAUCAGCCAGAGACGCCCGGGUUUCUAUGCGAUCUGAUCCUGAUUACUGCGUUCUCGCCGCAAAAGGAGAGGUAUACCAAGACGCAGAGCGUCUAUCAGCUCCUGCGCCGCCUAGAGCUCGACGCAUUGUUACGUCAAGAUCAAGUGCUUACGCCUGUCCUCUGUGUCCUGCUCAUUGAAUGUCAAGGCGCGCCCGCCAGUAUCAUGGACAUGUGCCACAAGGCGUUUGAGAUCUGGCAGGUCAAGACUAGACUGGAUGCGCGCUAUAGAUUUCUUGAAAAGCAACAACAACAACAACAUCAACAUCGGCACCAGCCGAUAGUUUUAUAUUCCUUGUAUUGGGCAUUAUUGAUACUGUGCAUCAAAUCCGGGUCAGUGUCGGACUUUGUUCAAGUUCUCCAGAGUCUGCUACUAAACUCAGGCGUGGGGUUGCCGACGUCGCUGGUGAUGACCAUUCAGACUUUCCACGACCGGUAUCUUUGCAAGGAAGGCGAGCAAAAGUGCUAUUUCCACGAGUACUUGCUUCGCACGGUCCAAUACGUGGACAAGCAACAGCACGGAGUGGAGGAUGUCUACGACAACAACGACAAGAGCGAGGAAAAGCAACGAGAACUGCCUCACGAAGAAGAAAUGAACGCGUUCGGUUUUGUUCGGGAAGCGGGGAAACCUUGGGAGUCGGUGCAACCACGGCGGAAAUCGGUUGUGGCUGAACCUAUCGCCUACGUCGAUCAUGCGCUCCAUCAAAGAUCGAACAUCCACGAGACGCUGGCUGCCUAUGUUGCCAUGGCUGCCUCGAUAGGCGCUGCCAAGGACGAGUACCUGCCCAUGCAGCCGAUCUACUCGAAUGGAACCAAGGCAAAGAGUCUUAUUAGACACUGCUUUGAAGUGGGGAGUAAGAAAAAGUAG